UGUUGCAGCAGAUUUGAAACAGUACCACUCCCAUUACCUCAAUAUAGUAGAGAGAAAGAGCAGGACACAGAGCGCAGAAUCCGGGUAACAGACGUCAGUAUAACGACCGGGAAACCGAUGUACGAUUAUUUUGGUAAAUAAUUGUCUAUAUUGGAGUUGUUCUACUUUGACUUUGGCACUGAAAACGAAUGGAAUGUUGCAGAACUGUUUCUGGAUAUUCAAACGUUUUGGAUUAAUAGUUUAGGAGAAAAUAUAUCGGAAAGAAUAAUGAUACGGCAAGUACUGUUGUUCAUCUUGGUCCUCUCUCUUGGUUCAGUGCACGGGCAGGUUAGUUAUUCCAUCCCCGAGGAAAUGGUGAAAGGCUCACUAGUUGGUAACAUAGCGCAGGAUUUAGGUUUAGAUAUAAAGAGACUGAAAUCAGGUAAAGCUCGUAUUUAUACUGGAGACAGCGCAGAAUACAUCGAGCUGAAUAAAGAAAGGGGAGUCCUUCUCAUCAAAGAGAGAAUAGACCGUGAAGCUCUCUGCGGACAAACGACGCCUUGCGCUUUACAUUUUCAGAUUAUUCUGGAAACCCCGAUGGAACUUUACAGUAUAACAAUCGAGAUUACAGACAUUAAUGAUAAUCCUCCUAUUUUUGAAAAAAGCGAAGUAAAAUUCAAAAUCAGUGAAUCUGCUGUUAGCGGAGCUAAAUUUGAUUUAGAGAGGGCAACAGACCUUGAUGUUACCAUCAACGGCCUCCAAAGCUAUGUGCUUAAACCUACGGAUAAUUUUAUACUUAAAUCGCACAACCAAGCCGAUGGUAGCAAGAGCGUUGAGAUGAUCUUACAGAAACCCCUAGAUCGAGAGAAACAGGAGCUGUUAGCAUUAGUACUGACAGCCAUAGAUGGAGGCGAGCCGCAGAUGUCUGGAACAAUGCAGAUACUCAUCACCGUAUUAGAUGCCAAUGACAAUGCGCCUGUUUUUACUCAGCCUGUGUAUAAAGCUACAGUGACAGAGAACGCUCCAAAAGGUGCACUGAUUCGCGUGGUCAGUGCUGUAGAUGCAGACCAUGGAUCGAAUAGUAAGAUAACAUAUUCAAUCAGAAACACUCAAGAACAUACUCGCGGAAUGUUUGAGGUUAACGAGGAGACGGGCGAGGUUAGGUUGAUUGGUAAUGUUGAUUAUGAAAAGGUACGAAAUUUUCAGAUACAUUUACGUGCAAGCGAUGAAGGAGGACUCACAGAUUCGUGUAAACUAAUUGUUGAUGUCGUUGAUAUGAAUGAUAAUAAGCCUAUGAUCAAUAUAAUGUCGAAAACCAACGUGAUAUCCGAAGAUGCCAAACCAGAAACUGUCGUAACAAUGAUUAACAUUCAAGACCCUGACUCAAGUGAGAAUGGCAAAGUUAAAUGUUUCAUAAACGACAAUAUUCCAUUCAUAAUGAAGUCUACGUCAAAUCAUUUCUACAGUUUAAUAACAGAGAGUGAAUUGGACCGAGAGAGAGCGUCUGAGUAUAACAUCAGUGUCAUGUGUUCUGAUGAGGGCGUGCCCUCGCUCUCCAGCAGUGUCACUCUCACUUUACAGAUAUCAGAUGUGAAUGACAACGCGCCUGUCUUUGAGAAGAGCUCAUAUGAGGCCUACAUUAUAGAAAACAACACACCGGGCCUCUCUAUAUUCACAGUGAAAGCCGGAGACGCUGACUGGAAGCAAAAUGCUCGUGUUUCUUACAUCCUGGAGGAUUCUUCGGUUAACGGAGUGCCCGUUUCCUCAUAUGUGUCCGUUAGUGCUGAUAGUGGAGUCGUCCAUGCAGUGCGCUCUUUUGAUUACGAACAGAUUAAGGACUUCCAGUUCCGCCUAAAAGCGCAGGAUGGAGGUUCCCCUCCACUCAGUAGCAAUGUAACUGUGAAAAUAAUGAUCCAGGACCAGAACGACAACGCACCUCAAGUUCUGUACCCAGUCCAGACUGGCGGCUCUCUGGUGGCUGAAAUGGUGCCUCGUUCAGCAGAUGUGGGCUAUCUGGUCACUAAAGUGGUGGCUGUUGAUGUGGACUCUGGGCAGAAUGCCUGGCUCUCCUAUAAACUGCAGAAAGCCACAGACAGGGCGCUGUUUGAAGUGGGCUUACAGAAUGGGGAAAUAAGAACUGUUCGCCAAGUGACUGAUAAAGAUGCAGUGAAACAAAGACUCACUGUUGUAGUGGAGGACAACGGACAGCCCUCUCGUUCAGCUACAGUCAAUGUUAACGUGGCGGUGGCGGACAGCUUCCCUGAAGUGCUCUCGGAGUUCAUUGACUUUACGCAGGACAAAGAGUACAAUGACAACCUGACAUUUUACUUGGUCUUGGCUUUGGCUGUAGUUUCAUUUCUUUUCAUCACGUGUUUGGUGGUUAUUAUAUCCGUAAAAAUAUACAGAUGGAGACAGUCUCGCAUCCUCUUCCAUUCAAACCUCCCAGUUAUUCCGUAUUAUCCACCGCGUUACGCAGACACUUUGGGAACGGGAACGAUGCAGCACGUGUACAAUUACGAGGUGUGCAGGACGACUGACUCCAGAAAGAGUGACUGUACAUUCGCCAGACCUGGUAGUCAGAACGUUCUGAUAAUGGACCCCUGCUUGACAGGAACGAUGCAGAGGAUACAGAGGGAAAAAAACCUCUUGGAUGACCCAGACUCACCUCUGGAGGUUAGUCAGAUGCAUUAUAUUGCGUUAAAUGAGUCCACCGUUUUAAAGUGUUUAUGUUUUUACUUUCCGUUGUAUAUGACUUGUGAAUGGGAUUCCAUUUAA